CGUUGGAGUUGGCUUACAAUCAUAAUCUGUAUUUUUUCGAAUUUAAAAUUUUUUUUUGUGAUUUUGACCCAUAAAUUGAAAACUGUUGGGGUUUAUAACUGA